UGUCUUGUCGGAAAGUGUUGUGCUCCACAAUUAAUUACAUUUAAACAAUUUAAAAAGAUAUCGCAAUAUCAAAUAAUCGCGAAAAAUCAGUGAAUAAACUUCCAAUCUAACAAAAAAGUUACAAAGUUCCUGCAGAAACAUGCAAUCACAUAGCAAAAAACGCGUUUGUUAUUAUUAUGACAGCGAUAUCGGAAACUACUACUAUGGACAAGGGCAUCCCAUGAAGCCUCAUAGAAUUCGCAUGACACACAAUUUGCUCCUUAAUUAUGGACUCUAUCGUAAAAUGGAGAUUUAUAGACCUCAUAAGGCAACUGCUGAUGAGAUGAUGAAAUUCCACUCUGACGAGUACAUUCGCUUCCUUCGUUCCAUCCGACCGGACAACAUGAGUGAAUACAAUAAGCAGAUGCAAAAGUUCAACGUCGGUGAGGAUUGUCCCGUCUUCGAUGGCUUGUACGAAUUCUGUCAAUUAUCUGCCGGCGGAAGUGUCGCUGCCGCUGUCAAGCUCAACAAACAAGCAAGCGAAAUUUGCAUUAACUGGGGCGGCGGUUUGCAUCACGCCAAAAAAUCCGAAGCUUCUGGUUUCUGUUACGUCAACGACAUCGUCUUGGGUAUCCUGGAAUUGCUCAAGUACCAUCAACGUGUCCUGUAUAUCGACAUUGAUGUGCAUCACGGUGACGGCGUCGAAGAAGCUUUUUACACGACAGAUCGCGUCAUGACUGUCAGUUUCCACAAAUAUGGCGAAUAUUUCCCCGGAACAGGCGAUUUGCGUGACAUUGGCGCCGGCAAGGGCAAAUAUUAUGCCGUCAACAUUCCGUUGCGCGAUGGCAUGGACGACGAAUCGUACGACUCGAUUUUCGUGCCGAUUAUCUCGAAGGUCAUGGAGACAUUCCAACCGUCGGCCGUUGUCUUGCAAUGUGGUGCUGACUCGUUGACUGGCGAUCGUUUGGGUUGUUUCAAUUUAACCGUUAAGGGACACGGAAAAUGCGUCGAAUUCGUGAAAAAAUACAAUUUACCAUUUUUGAUGGUCGGCGGUGGCGGUUAUACGAUCCGUAAUGUCUCGCGUUGCUGGACUUAUGAAACGUCGGUGGCAUUAAAUGUCGAAAUUGCCAAUGAAUUGCCGUACAACGACUAUUUCGAGUACUUUGGACCCGAUUUCAAGUUGCACAUCAGUCCGAGUAACAUGACGAACCAGAACACCGGCGAAUAUCUCGAAAAAAUCAAAAAUCGUUUAUUCGAAAAUUUGCGAAUGUUGCCACAUGCCCCGGGUGUUCAGGUGCAAGCGAUUCCGGAAGAUGCCGUUCAAGACGAAUCCGAUACCGAAGACAAGGCCGACAAAGAUGAGCGACUAAAUCAAGCGGACAAGGACAAGCGAAUUGUGCCCGAUAACGAGUUCUCUGAUUCCGAAGACGAGGGCGAAGGCGGAAGACGCGAUAAUCGUUCGUACAAGGGACAAUCACGAAAACGCCCACGUUUAGACAAAGACGCGAAGCCAGAAGCCGAAAAGGAAGUAAAAGACGAAAAAGAGACGAAGACAGAAACAACGGCAGCGGCAACGACAGAAAAAACCGAAACAAAGACAGAAACUCCGCCCGCUGAAAAGGAAGCAGCUGCCGUUUGAUCGACGCCAGACACUUCGUACACGAUUUCCCGUCUCAAAUACCGAUAAGAAUGCUCGCAUUCGCAGAUCUCCCAAAAAAAAAAGAACGUCGCAACUCACAUCGCAAAGGAUGCUUUUAUUUAACUUACACACAAUCGUAAUUUAAUGAUAGUUUUUAAUCAUUUUUUGAAAAAAAAGUAUUAGUUUUUUUUUGUAAUAAUAAAUUUAAGAUGGCAACUUCGUCUCAUGAAAAAAAAAA